AUGAAGCUUAACCUCGACUUACUUGAAGGAGAACGCGAGAUAGCCAUUGUCCGAGUUGCCUCCUACCUACAGCAGCUAAAGUCUUACCAUGACAAAAUGGCCAAAGUCAGACAAUUUCAACUAGGCGACCUUGUCCUCAAAAAGAAUUUCAUCAUUGUGUCAAGGCAAGGGUUAAAGAAGUUGAAUCGCAACUGGGAGGGCCCUUACGUGAUCAGUUGGUCCGGGAUAGAAGAAGCUAUACACUUGACACCAUUGAUGAAAAGGAAAUUCCACGACAAUGGAAUGCUUACCACCUUCAAAGAUAUUACCUAUGAUGAUUCCUCUUAUCUGCUCAAUUUCAAGCAGAUGACUGAGCCCUCCACAUUUCUAAAGAAGAGAAGCAAUUGUUGGAAAUUCCAGUUGCCUAUAAAGAGCGUCCAAAAGGAGACGCAAGGCGACGACACCAGAAGCGUUCUCCGGGAGAUGCAAGGUGCGCUAGGAAUUUCCUAA